AUGAGCGCAGAGGUCGUGGCCAACAUGCUGGAGGAAGUGGAUAUAGACGGGAGUGGCACGUUGUCAUUCUCGGAGUUUUUGAUCUUCAUGCGGAAGAUCCGAGAGGCGGAGCUUGAGCGGUUGGAGGAUGAACUGGAGAGACUGUCCAAUUUGCCAUCUGGAGACAAAGAGGACGUGUUGACUGGCUUGCUUCGCAUCAUGGGCUACAUGCCGGACAAGGAGGCUGUCCGUGAUGCCGCAGUUGACAGCAACAUCAGCCUGGCCAAGCCGACGGUUCGACGAGCAAGCCUCGCCCAGCUGUUGCCGAACUCUGGGAAACAGCCGGCUGGCGCGGUGUCUGCCACCAUGACUUACAAGGCCACUGUGACCCUCUCGGAAGCCUAUCGCUUCCUGGAGGUGUACCGAUGCCGUGAAGGCUUUACACGAGCAGAGGCCAAUGAACUGCAGGAGUACUAUAACCGUUUUGCACAGACAGCUGGCCCUGCAGAUGGGAUGCGCAUCAGCUCCUACGAUGCUUCCAGGGCAUUGACUUGGCUUGGCUACCGCGCGACGCACGAGGAGCACCAGCUGACUUUCUCCAAGGUAGAUGUCGGCAACGUGGGCAGCAUCAGCCUUGCCGAGUUCAUGAAGCUGGUGCGGAUUUAUCGUUCCGUGGAGUUGGAAGAGAUCCGUGCCUCAUUCCUCAGGAUCGGUCUUGCUGGCGGCACUGAGUCGGGCGAGGAGGGUCGCCGGGCGGCACGACACAGUUUGGCCUUCCUCGGCAUGGGACGAAAUAGCACCGAGAAGGCCUCGAAAUCUCGGGACGUGGACGAUGCAAAGUACGGAGUGUUACGCAAUGCCGUGGCGAAGCGCAGUCAGAUGCGGGCAAUCGCACAGAUGCACCACGGCUUCGGCGCUGACGAGGUUGAAACCAUGCAGUCCAGGUUCUCCCAAUACGACUCCGACGGCAGCGGCGCCAUUUCGGCAGCUGAGCUCCGUCUUCUUUGCCAGGAGAUGUUGCCCAAGAUCGCCACCGACCCAAAGUCUCGGCCGGAACUCAUCCGGCUGGUCAAGGAGAUGGACUCUUCUGGAGAUGGAAAUCUCAACUUCCACGAGUUUCUGAAAUUGAUGCGUGACUUGGAAGACAGCCAAAAGCAAGCAAAGUACACAAAGGAAGAGCACGUUGUGGAUCAGCUGCCCUUCACCAGUCACCAGAUUCGGGACUUCCGUGAGAUCUUCAUCGAAAACGAUGAGGACCGCGAAGACUUGAUUUCCUUUAAGGCGGUGCAGACACUCUUGUCUGUACUGAUACCAAUGGGAGAUCGGCGU